AUGGCCUUGGCGAUGGAUGCCCUGGGAGCAUUCUCCCACCUACAGUCAAACCUCCCCGCAUGGGUCACUCGCGUCUCCGAGCUUGCCGCUCAUACCUCCGCCAAACACAUUGAGUACUCCGAAGCUUACCGCCGACAUGCCACAUACAAACCCCGCCGUCGAAAGAAUAGCUCCGCUCGCUCCAUUCGCACCCAUGACCUCGUCCCGAUCGCCCAGCGCCAGGGCCCAAUUCCUGAAGCCGUUGAGACGUCGAAGACUGUGCAAGAAACGACCGAAACAUUCCAGCAAGCUGGUCGCAAACGCAGUGCAGAUGAAGCAUCAUCUAUCGGCUCCGAUGAACGCCACGGCCUGGUCAGCACUCGACACAACGUGAUCAUCGAGUACGACGGCCACACUCAGAAAGUUCUGGAGGAGGUAGUUCGCGAUAUUGGCAUCGCUCGGAAUAAUAUCCGGAGAGGGAAGAUGUCUUUGAUGCCACGGACAGCUUAUCGCGCUGGCCUGUUGAACAAGACCGUCAACAUCGGCACCAACAAUCAACCCGGAAGCGCGCCCUCGUCCCUCUCCGGACUGUCCUGUGUUCGCAGCACGCGGACCACAGGCGGUCUCGUUGGAGUCACUGGAACUGCUACCAGCAUUCAAAAGGAGUCGCCAUUCGACUAUGUGGACAAGCAAUUGGAAUUGGCACAUGGACUUUGCGAGACAGCCGCAUACCAAGUCCUCCGGUCAGGGGACUGCGGGACCGAGCUUGACGGCGUGGAAGAGAAGCUCACGAUGCUAAUCGACGUGGUCGACAGUGAAGUGGCACGUCUGGAAGCAGAGAAGAAGCAACAAGAAGCACAAGCACCUCUCGAAGACAAAGAGAACGAAAAACCUCUGCAGACCCUGACCGCCGCUCGACUCGCCAGAAUUGCCGCGCUCGCCAAUAAGCAUUCUUCGACGGACGAACCUGGCACCAUUGAAGUCGACGAUGCCUCGUCCAUAUCGGCCGAGUCCAUCGACCUCUCUGCUUUCCGAUCAUCGCGGAUCCGAGUAUAG